AUGAUUUCAAAUUCGGAUUGUGGUGAUCACAAUAUUGUUACAUUUGAUGCAGUGAAACGUGCAAGACAUGAAGGGUCGUGUCAAAAGUUCAAAGGCGUUGUGCCUCAACAAAAUGGGCAUUGGGGUGCACAAAUAUAUGCAAACCACCAAAGAAUCUGGUUAGGGACUUUCAAAUCAGAAAAUGAAGCUGCAAUGGCUUAUGACAGCGCCAGCAUUAAGCUUAGAAGCGGAGAGAGCCACAGAAACUUUCCAUGGAAUGAUCAAGCAGUUAAAGAGCCUCAGUUUCAAAGCCAUUAUAGCGCAGAAACUGUGUUGACCAUGAUUAGAGAUGGCACCUACCCAUCUAAAUUUGCUGCAUUUCUUAGGACUCAUCAAACCGGAGGCGUUGGAAUUAAUGUCAAACAUUUGUGUUUGAAGGAUGAGGAGGAACGGUUCUCUUGCACCCAACUUUUUCAAAAGGAAUUAACACCAAGUGAUGUGGGCAAACUCAAUAGGCUUGUCAUCCCAAAAAAACAUGCAGUUACCUAUUUUCCUUACGUUUGUGGCAGUGCAGAAGCCAAUGAUGAAAUGGAUGGUCAUGGUGGUGGGUGUGUUGACAAUGACAAUGAGGUUGUCUUUUAUGACAAGCUCAUGCGGUUGUGGAAAUUUCGAUAUUGCUAUUGGAAGAGCAGCCAGAGUUAUGUGUUCACAAGAGGGUGGAAUAGGUUUGUGAAGGAUAAGAAGUUAAAGGCGAAAGACAUCAUUGCAUUUUAUGUGUGUGAGCCUAUUAAUGGGAGAAGAGAGGGAGAGGGUCAAGUGUUCACAUUGAUCGAUGUGAUCUAUAAUGCUGAUGAAAUCAGGCAGUGUUCUGGAGAUGAAGAGGCCAAGGAUACAAAGGAUUUGAAUGCACCAAAAGGUUUGAGGCUUUUUGGUGUGUGUAUCAAGUGA